AGGGAAAAACUUCUUUUUCCUUGUCUAUUGAAAGAAUAAAAUACAUAGCUGUUGCCGAGGAAUGUUGAUUGAUUUGCUUGUUCGAGACAUAAUUUUUAACCUUUAAUUUCACCUCAUUCCGGCAACGGCGGCGCCGGCCAACGAUUGAACCGUAAAAUUGCACCACAGCACAGUUCAUAUGCAGUUGACAACUCCAAUUCUAGCGAGUGAGUGAAAUGGGCGAGAUUUCAACUUCAGGUUACAAGGAUUACGUCGCUGGCUUGCUCGCUGGAGUUUCCGCUGUAGCCACCGGCCACCCCUUUGAUACCGUUAAGGUGAUGCUGCAGAAGCAUAACGCAGAACCACAUCUAGUUCAGUACAGAAAUGGAUUGCAUUGCACUGCUAGGAUAUUCAAGACCGAAGGAAUCAAAGGAUUUUAUAGAGGAGCAACAUCAUCUUUUGCUGGGAUGGCUUUGGAAGGAUCUCUCUUUUUCGGCAUUUAUUCCCAGACAAAACAGUACCUUCAGGGAGGCGUGCAAAACGGUUUGCCACAGCCUCAAGUGAUAUUACCAUCUGCAGCUCUUAGUGGUGCCAUCAUUAGUUUUGUGUUAGGUCCAACAGAACUGAUAAAGUGUAGGAUGCAGAUCCAAGGCGCCGACUCUUUAGUUCUGAUGUCAAGUAGAUACAGUAGUCCUCUUGAUUGUAUCGCUAAAACUUUAAAAACUGAAGGGGUGAAAGGACUUUUUCGUGGAAGUGUUACGACAUUGCUUAGAGAAUCUAUAGGGAAUGCUACUUUUUUAAGUGUAUAUGAAUAUACGCGCUAUCACAUGUAUUCACAUAUCAAACCCGCUUCAUCCAAUUACAACGACUUGAUUGAAAUGGGAAUCGGGGUUGUUACUGGUGGCCUUGGCGGUGUGGCUUUUUGGGCGGUAGCUAUGCCUCUCGACGUGGCAAAGACUCUAAUUCAGACAAAUCCCGAUAAAAACUGUCAGAGAAAUCCAUUUAUGGUUUUGAGUUCUAUCUACAAGAGGACUGGUUUGAAGGGGUGCUACACAGGUCUGGGCCCCACCUUAAGUCGAGCGUUUCCGGCUAAUGCAGCAACAAUUGUCACCUGGGAGCUAGCAUCGAAAAUGCUAGGCAUUAGGCAUGACUGAGAUAAUGCAACAAUGCUCAAGUAUGCUUUUGUCAACCCCAAUUUAGGCACUAGAACAAAGUUUGGAUGAAGAGAGGAAUGUUUUUAAUGGAUUGCAUUUGAAGAUCUUCAAAUCUUCAAUUUUUAUCUUAAUUUUUUUUUUACAUGUGGACCAGCAUUCAUGAUUGCAUUUGAAGCUGUAUGUUGCUGCUCAAUUUUGAUACUAGGGAGCUUAGUUAACGAACUUUGAAGCUGGAACAAGGCCUUCUACAUGUAUUUCUUUUGUCCACCAUUUUGAUAGAUAGAGAAUUUCUUUUACUGGACUGAAAUUAUAUUUUUAAUUCUUAUAUAAGAAUCAUACAUUAUCUAAAAGACCACACAUUAUCUGUUUCGGUUAUAAAACAUAUAAAUUAGAGAAACUUUCGAGUAAAAUCCAAGGGUUUUAGAUGUCUCGCCCUUGAGUUAGACUUGCCUCAUUUUUGUUGUAAUAAAAGCUACAGUAAUUUCAUUAUCGAUAACACCUCAAGUGUUGUUAGUGAUAUUUUAA